AUGACAUCGUGUAUCGCAGCAUCUACAUGCUGCGACAGUAUGCUUCCUGGAGCGAAUGAAAAGGAAGACAGAGUUGACGGUGAUUUGAAUUCACAUUUUCAAGUAUCGCCAUCUCCUCUUUGUCGUCCUUCUCGGAAACGAAGCCGAAAGAUGAUCACGUUGACUUCAAGUCCCUACUUUCAAACUCCCUCGAGCAACGAUGCCAAUCCAGAAAGCAAACAGCGUUUUAGUUCCUACUUUCAAAAGUCGCCUUCUUCGACGUAUGGAUCGAUUCGAUCUCUGGGGCCGUUGAUUCGCACUUGGACUGGUUGCACCUCUGGCGUCUGUCAACGAAUAGACGGCGACAAAAUGUCACCCUCUUCCAACCCAAUCAACUCUCCGAAUUCUCCUAUCGACUUGAAUAUAUGUCACUCCUGCCAAUCUAUAGUUCAGAGUGCGAUGGCACAUUUUCAAGAGUGCCCGUUGUUUAGAGAGCGACUAAAGGAUGAAGAGUUUGGGUUGGAUACAUCCUCGACUUGUACGCGUCAAAUGGAAGAAAGAAUGGAGCAUGCGAUACGUCACCUUUGUCCCCAUCAAUGUUUUUUAAAGGCAUAUGCUCCAAGUCGAGAGUGGGUCUUCUUUCGAAAGGAAAUUCAUGAACGCACCGAUGAACGAAUAGAUGAGUUGCUGGAAAGUUGGACCUGCCGUUUGGUACAUCAUUCGAGCCAAUCGGCUCCAAGAGAACGUGGAGACGAGAAGUCUCAAGAAGAAAGGCUGCAACAAAAUGAGACUGACAUGGAUUUGUGUUAUAGUGAAAAGUUGAAAGGCGUGCCACUCCGUGCGAUACAUCCACAAAUCGUAUUCUUUAGUGCCAAAACGAAAGAGUCUUAUUCCAGCAGAUUGGAAGCAAUGCGUGUAUUGGGAUUGAAAGCUCCUAAAAAGAAACCCAAUACAGUUGACACUAACAAUUGGGCAUUAUGCAGAGCUGGUGAUCAUGACGAUAGCAAUACGCACACUUCUGGUGAUAUGGUAGCUGCUGAAGAACUUGUUUUGUCACGAAUUUCUUCUGUUGCCUUUGGUACGAUGCGCAUGCCUAUGUCCCCAUUCUCUGGCCAACGGCGAAGACUUUGGAAGGAACCAAGCAACAAGACCGCGACUUUUGCAAACUUGUCAUCACCUCUGUCGCAUUCUGCCGCUGGUAGAUCGCCUCUUGGUUUAUUGGAAGAACUCUUCAUCGGAGAUCCUUGGAAAUUACUGGUAUCAGCUAUUCUGUUGAACAGAUCCCGUCGAGCGCAAGUAGAUUACAUUUUAUGGGGCGUUUUGGAGAAAUGGCCGACUCCACAAGCUCUACUAGCGAGUACCAAUGUGGUGACCAAAAAGAAUGACGAAUCUUCCACUGGGAAUAUCCACGACCAUGACGCUUUGAAAAAAUUGGUUACAACAUUGGGCCUUCAAACAAGGCGAUCGCAAGGACUGGUCCGAUUCUCCAAGGAGUUUCUAUCACUAUUGGAAGAAAAGACAACCAAAUCAAAAUCAACCUCGACACUGCCAAACUCAGAAGGAAAAAUGAGCAAUGAAAAUGGCCUCCGUUCUUACAAUGAUGCAGCCUUUAACUUGACGCGCGAUGAAAUCUUGGGACUUUACAAUUGUGGCGAUUAUGUUGCUGAUGCCUACCACAUCUUUAUUGCGAACCAUGCUGUCAAUUGCAACACAAAAGUUGAUUGGAAGCGUUUACAGCCACAGGAUCACGCGUUAGCAGCUUAUGUUGAAUGGAAACGAAGUGUUCAAAGCAGCCACAGGCAAGACGAAAAUCAAUAA